AUGGGGCUCCUGUCGGGGGUGGCCGUGGUCCUCCUGCUGCUGUUGCACAGCACACAGUCAGUCUACAUCCAGUACCAAGGCUUCAAGGUGCAGCUGGAAUCCGUGAAGAAGCUGAGUGACCUGGAAGGGCUGCAGAUGACCCACAGCAGCAAGAGCCCCCAGCCUGCUGUGUGCUACCACCCGGGGCUGCCCCUGGACCUCCGGCCCAUCUGCGCCUCGCAGGAAGCGGCCAGCAUCUUCAACACCUUGAGACACAUCGCCAUGGACGACUGUGAGCUAUGUGUGAACGUCGCCUGCACCGGCUGCUUCUGA